AUGACUUUCUUGUUUUUCCAGAUGGGAAAUACAAGGGGGGCAGUGGCAAGUGGGAACCGCACGGCUGUGACACACUUUUUCUUCGAGCCUUUCUCCAAUGUCUUAGAGGUCCAAGUUGCCCUUUUCUUUGUCGUAUUGCUUAUGUACCUUACCACAUUGGGGGGAAACGUCCUCAUCAUCACGAUCAGUGUCAUUGACCCAGCCCUUCACUCCCCCAUGUACUUCUUCCUGAGGAACUUGUCCUUUCUGGAAAUCACUUACACCUCUUCCACCAUUCCAGAAUUCCUGGUGAACUCCUUUGCAAAAGACAAGGGCAUCUCUUUUGUGGGUUGUGCCAUGCAGAUGUACUUUUUUGGCCUCCUGGGAAUCACAGAAUGCUGCCUGCUGACUGCUAUGGCAUAUGACCGUUAUGUGGCCGUUUGUCAUCCUCUGAGGUACGCAACCAUGAUAAGCCACACCGUCUGCCUCCAGCUAGCAGGUGUGUGCUGGUUCUUGGGGGUGUUGGUGAGUGUAUGGCAGACAACUUUCAUAUUCACUCUACCUUUCUGUGGCCCCAAUAUGAUUAACCACUUUUUCUGUGACCUGCUCCCAGUACUGAAGUUGGCCUGUGUGGAUACUUUCAGGAAUGAAGUUUAUAUCUAUAUUGCUGCUGUUGUCUUCAUCAUGGCGCCUUUCUUACUUAUACUCGUGUCCUAUGCUGGGAUCCUCCAUACCAUCUUCAGCAUGCCUUCUGCUGAGGGCAGGAAAAAAACCUUUUCCACCUGCUUCUCCCACCUCCUUGUGGUCACUUUAUUUUAUGUUCCUGGCAUACUGACCUAUCUGAUUCCCAAAUCCAUCCAUUCUCACAAUUCCAACAAAUUCCUUUCUCUCUUCUACUCUGUGAUGUCACCAAUGAUGAACCCUUUAAUCUAUAGCCUGAGGAAUAAGGAGGUAAAGCAGGCCUUGAGAAGGCUGAUAUCAAGAAAAAGGUCCUUUUAA